AUGAUUUCAAGUGACUUAGUUCUGGGAAUCCUCUUCAUCUCUCAGACUGGCAUUGGGUUCCUGGGGAAUUGUCUGCUAUUCGUGUUGUAUAUGUACACCUUCUUAAUUCACCCCAAUAAAAAGAAGCCUAUAGAUGUCAUUCUCACACACCUCACUCUAUCUAAUGCCAUGACCCUCGUAUUCAGGGGCAUUCCAAACAUACUGUUAGCCUUUGGAAUUAAGAUUUUCAUGGAUGACAUUUGUUGUAAAACUGUGCUGUACAUUCAGAGAGUUACUCGCGGUCUUUCAGUGUGCACAACCUCUCUCCUUAGCACGUUUCAGGCAGUGACCAUUACCCCAAGUAAUUAUAGAUGGGCGUGGCUCAAACUCAAAAUCUCCACGUGCACUUUGCCCUCUUUGCUUUUUCUGUGGAUCAUCAACAUGCUCAUCUACAUUGAAGUCAUCUUAAGAGCCGUAUCCAACAGCAAUACUACCCAGUCUGGACCUGGGUAUAACACUCCCUUUUGCAAAAUCGAACAAUUCAAAGAAAAGAGUGCAGCAGCUUUCCUAAGUGCUGUGUUAAUUCGAGAUUUGUUCUUUCUGUUCCUCAUGACAUUCAAUAGCAUCUACAUGGUCAGUCUCCUCUUCAGGCACCACAAGAACGUCCAUCAUGUUCACAGCACCACACGUUCCCCACAGUCCUCCCCCGAAAACAAGGCCACCCACGUCAUCCUCCUGCUGGUGAGCUGUUACGUGUUCUUCUACUGGACCAACAGCUUCCUGACCAUUUAUUUAUUUUACGUAAAUGAGAAAAAGCGAAAACUGGAGCUCUUCAGUGAUUUUAUUUCCUCUUGUUACCCAACCUUCUGCCCUUUCUUGCUAAUAAAAAAUGAAAAUAGAUUUUCCAAACCGACUUGUACCUAA